UACAAAGGGAAAAGAAAAACAAGACUACUUCUUUUAAGCAAGGAAUUUCCAUGACUUCUUUACGGGACAGAAUUGCAUCCUUACAACAUAAAGUCACUGUAUUACAGAGAGGAAAACGGGCAGCCACAGAGUCUGCCAAUGAAUUCAAGAAAGCUAAAAUAGAGUUAGCAGCUGAACUGCAUCUGGCACACCAAAGACUUCUAAUCAGCAAGCAGAUGUUAAAGAAAUUGUCUUUAGAUCUCACUGAACUUCAACGAGAAAAAGAAUAUAUGGAACAAAAUUUAGAGCAGAUGAAAGUGCAGCUGGCUCAAUUCAAAAGGUCAUCAGAAGUGCAGUGCCCUGUGACUUCAGACCUGUCUCCAGCCGUCCCAUUAACUCCAUCAAAGAACAUAGACCCAGAGAUGAAACAGCUCCAGAAUAAAUUAAAGCCUCUGGGCAAGGUUCCUUGCCAGCUAGAAAACCUGGCCUCCUGGGUCCAGGCUUGA